AAGGUCACAGUCUUCCAUGGUCAUAGGCCACCCAACAUCUCAGUGAAGGCCUAUCUCGAGCGCAUCAAGACGUUUGGUGGAUGCAGCACAUGCUGUUUUGUCCUUGGUCUUCUCUACUUAGAGCGUCUUGCAAGCUCUGAUGCUACCUACCUGCUGAACUCAUACAACAUGCAUCGUUUGGUCCUCACUGCUGUCAUGGUAGCCACCAAGUUCGUCGACGAUUUCUACUUCUCCAACAGCUACUGGUCGAAGGUCGGUGGCAUUCAGAAUGAUGAACUGAAUGGGCUCGAACUGGAGUUUCUC